AUGGGUUCGCACUCUCGCGAUUCAUUCGAUUUCAUCGUGGUCGGAUCUGGCCCAGCCGGAUGUGCCCUCGCAGCCUCCCUAGCCAAAUCAGCCAAACGGCCCAACGUCCUCCUCCUAGAAGCAGGCUCGCGCAACGAUGACAAGACCCUCCGCGUCUCCGGCAAACGCUGGGUAACAAUGAUGGAACCCAACCUAAACUGGGGCUACAAGACCACACCGCAAGAGCACUGCAGUGGUCGUCAAAUCGACUACUCUCGCGGAAAAGGUCUCGGCGGGAGCUCGGCCAUCAACUUCGGCGUGUACACUGUCGGUGCUCGGGAUGAUUAUGAUCAAUGGGCUGCUGAGGUAGCCGAUGAUACUUUUGCGUGGACGAACAUUCACUCCCGAUUCAAGGCUCUGGAGACCUUUGGGAAGAUUGCGACACCCGAGCAGCAGAAGUAUGGAGCGCCGAAGGCGGCGGAUCAUGGUGACAAGGGUCCGCUUGGUAUUGGGUAUGCGGCGGAGUGGGAGUCUGAUUUGCCGUUGAUUCUGGAUGCUUUUGAGGAGGCUGGUGUCGAGCGGAAUAUGGAUCAUAAUUCUGGAAAUCCUAUUGGUAUGGGGUUGUUUAUUAACUCUGUGCGUGAUGGUGUGCGGACUACGGCUGCGGAUUUGGUGAAGGAUGCACCGGAGAACCUAGUCAUCGUCGUGGAUAGUCCAGUGCAGCGUGUUAUCUUUGAGGGUAAGAAGGCUGUUGGUGUUGAGACCAAUGGAAAACAAUAUUUUGCUUCCAAGGAUGUGAUCAUCUCCGCAGGAUCUCUCGAUAGUCCCAAGAUCCUCAUGCACUCGGGCAUCGGUCCAGCCGCAGAGCUGACCAAAUUCAACAUCCCUGUCAUCCAAGAUAUCCCAGCUAUCGGUCAGGGCCUGAAGGACCACCCCUUCGUGACCUUCAUCGUGACUCGGAAACCAGAGACCAACGACCGCAACGCGUUCUUCAAAAGCCCCGAAGCCAUGGAAGCCGCCAUGAAACAAUGGGAGCAAGACGGCACAGGACCCUGGGCCCGUCACGGCAACCAACUUGGCGUCGGAUGGUUCAAAUCCGACAAAAUCACAUCAUCAGAAGAAUUCAAAGCACUACCAGCCGAAGUGCAAGACUUCCUGAACCGCGAGACUAUCCCGCACUAUGAACUAGCCACCGGCCUACCACUACACAUGCAAGUCCCCGAUCUGUUCCCAGACUUCAGCUACGUCUGCCUCGCCGUAUUCCUCAUGAACCAGCAAUCACGCGGCGAAGUCCGCCUCCAAUCAUCCAACCCAGAUGACCCCCUGCUUUUCGACCCGCAUUUCCUCGAACACCCCUACGAUCGCCGCGCUUGUAUCGAAAUGUACAGACACCUGUACGAAGUCGUCGAGCACCCGGCCUUUGCAAAGGAUACUAUUGCGACAGUCAUGGGACCCGCGUCAAAAUCUGACGAGGAUAUCCUGCAGUUCUGGAAGGAUCAUAUGACCUCGAGUUGGCAUAUGACUGGUACGGUGAAGAUGGGGAAGGAGGGGGAGGAAGAUGCGGCUGUUGAUAAUGGAUUCCGCGUUUUUGGUGUGCAGGGCUUGAGGGUGGCGGAUAUGAGUGUCGUUCCUGUUAUGACGAAUAAUCAUACUCAGGCUACGGCGUAUGUUACUGGUGCUACUUGUGGAGAUGUCUUGAUUAAGGAGUAUGGGUUGGAUCAGUAG